GGCUCUGAGCGGAUCAGGUGGGCAGGCAGGCAGGCCGGCAGCUCCUGAGCGUGCAGCGCGGAAGGGGUUAAGCGGCGGGAGACUUCCCAGCAGGUGGUCUCCGUCUGAGAGGGCGGCCGGCAGCAGCCGAGGGAGAGGCGGGCGCCUCUCGGCGGUGCAGCGGAGACAGAAACUUUCCCCGCAUCUUUUCUCCAGCACCAGGAGGAGGACGCAGCACCAGCCCAGGGGUCAGACGCUGCAGAAGCCGCGCGGGAGCGAUUCGAGCUAGGCUCGCCAGCCCCCGCGGGGAGGUGCAGAGCAGGAGGGCCGCCUUCGACCCCCCACCCCCCCCCCCCCCCCCCCGGGUCCUGCCUGGCCGGCGGCGCUGCUCACCCAGCUGCUCUUCUGCAGCGCCGAGCGAGAUUACGAAGGAAGGGCCGCCGCCUCUCGACUCCGUUUAGGGCUAGGAGGACCCGCCGUCCCCUCCCGCUGCGGAGAGCGGGAAAUCCCGGGGGAGGCCGACUUGAGCCGAGGAGGAGGAGGAGAGCUGCUGCUGCUGUUGCUGCCGCCGCGCUUGCCAGACCGGCUCUCGCCAGGCACUGAAACUUCCCCGCGGCUGCAGAGCAACCGGAUCCAAGUCCCACCCCCGCCGGUGGGAUCGUGGCCAAGCGCCAGCCACAGGUAGCCAGCCCGCCCGCCCCGGUGCCGGCCCAGCCUCCACCCGCCACACGCCAAAGAGGGAGGGGGGCGACGCACGCACCGAGCGGCGGGGAGGGGGUGCUCGAGAGAUCACGCGCGACUCUCUCCCCCAGGUGCGAGCCGGACCCCCGCCCUCCCGCAGCCCACGAUCAUGAGCCAGGGCAGGCCGGCCGAGCGGGCGGCAGCGGAGAGCCGCGCUGCUGCUGCUGCUGCUGCUGCUGGGUGGGUCCUCGGCGAGGGGAGCGUCGCAGCCACGCCGCGUCCACCGGCCCAGGCAGGGCCCGGCUGCUGCUGCUGCUGCUGCUGAACUGCCCCGGCCCGGAGCCCGAGCGCGCACGGAGGGGACUUCUUCUGCGGGCACCGAAGGAAGGAAGGAAGCAAGGGGCGGGGAAAGAAAUUUCGGAAAGAAAUUAACUGGUGCAAUUCGAGUUGGGGAACCCCCCCCCCCUUCUUUUCUCCUGCAAGACGUCGACGCCGAGGAAGGCGGGAGUUUUGGUUAGUCUGUAAAAAGAGGACAUCCCCUCCCCCGGCCCGGACUCCUGGGAGAGACGAGGCUUCUGGUCUCCUGCGGCUCUUUGGGAUGGAAAGCACCGGAUCCGGCUGAAGGAGUUGGCGGUGGCCGCCGAAGUCGCAGCGCCGGUCCCUGGCUGGAGGGGCACCUCCUCCCUCCCGGGCCCCUGAUGCUGCCGCCGCCCAGCACCCUCCUCCUCCUCUGCUCUGAAGGGAAUGCGGCUGGGUUCCGGUGGCAGCUGCAGCCCCUCCGUGCCGAGCCGGCGGCCCCCUGGUAGUUAGAUCGAGAGAAGAGCUGGAGGGGGGGACCGCCUUCUUUGGCCCAGCUGCAGGCCGGGCUGGGGAGAAGGAUGCUGGCCGGGUGGAGAGAGCUGACUACCGGGAUCAGCGCUAUACUUUGCUGUCUCCUUUUCUUCUGGCUGCUGUACUCUCAUUCUCCCAAGGAAGGAAAGGAGCUGGAGGUUGGGACGUGUGAAAUCACAGCUUUGGACAGAGAUAUAAGCCAUCCCAAGAGGAUGAUUGCCAGGCAGACGGCACGCUGUGCUUGUAGGAGGGGUCAAGUUGCAGGAACAACAAAAGCAAAACCUGCCUGUGUGGAUGCCCAUAUCAUUGUCAACAAACAAUGGUGCGGGAUGGAGCCGUGUGAUGAUGGGGAGCAGUGCUCUUUGCUAAUCAAUCAUUCAGGCUGGAGCUGCACGAGGCAACUGGGACGAAUAAAAACAGUCACAGUCUCCUGACAGCAAUUGUGCACUUGCCUGUGAGGGCAACUUCUCCCUAUGUACUGAAGCUGCAGUUCAGAGGUCAUCUGAUCACGAGGGGAAAGGAUCAAUCUAAUUCUUCAGCGUGGGCUCAUUCACAUGAAUUAUGGUCCAUCUCACCUAAAUUUCCUCUUGUGUCUGCACAUAUGCCACACAGAUUACUGGAUCAACAUAAAAGGGUUGUGUGUGUUUUUCUUCUUUUCCUUGCCCAAAACAAAUAUGUCUAUUUAUGGCUUAUUUUGUGAAUUUUUAAUCUGAAAUGCAGUUUUCUGUAGACUGUCUUCCCCAUGACAACAGAGGAAUUUGCCACGGUACCCAGGAUUUCAACAAGCCUCUUAAACUUGGGACAUGUCUGCCUCCUUGAGACAUAUGGUUAUGACAGACUGACUGAGGCAGUUGCUAAGAAUCUGGGAUGUUCUCCAGUUGCUGUGAAGAAAAUGUUCUCUUUUUUUCUGGUGCCUCUUUUGCUCACUUCCACUAAGCCAAAGGAGGUGAGAAGAUACCGAAGGAACAUGUCAGCUUUGCCUCUUGAUCCAUCAUCUAGAGGGAAACUGUUUGCCAAAGGCUGAGAACAGCAAAAGAUCAUUGUAAAGCUGCUGUCAGAGCAAAGUGAAGAACAUGGACCAAAACAUGUAUUUAAUGAGUUUCUCCUCCAUUUCUGUACCCAGUUUUUUAUCUGCCCCAAUUUUCUCCUAGUAACAGAUCACCUCCCCAAAUAAUGGUUGGAAAUAACUCCUUGGCCACAUCCUAUUCACUAUAAGCAAAUUCAGAAUCUAGAGCAGAAUUGAUAAGCUUGGUUGCCUGCCAUGUAUUCUGAUUGCAGAAGAUAUCCUUCGUAUUGGAGUUUUCAUGACAAACAUACGCUGUCAUUGCUUUAAAAUCUGAUUCCUGCAAGCAUUCACCACUUUUUCUUGCUGUACCACUUUGUUUCUUCUUGUAGAUCAGCAUGAAGGAUAUUUGCUAGCUCAGUGAAGUGGUGAGGAGUAGGGCAGACCAUUGUUCAUGCAAUCGGAUGAAACCUGGAGAGGAGGGUCUGGCUUUAGAAAGCAGAAACUCCCUUCCAAAGCACCAGUUUGGUCUGCCUGGAAAAUUUAGGAAAUGGUAGUGGAUAGAAAACAGCAAAACUUUUCGAAUAGCUUCCUCUUGGAUUGCUGCAUUAUUGAGUGGAAUGGUUUCUCCCAAAGGUAUGUUCUGUAAAAAUUAAAGCUGCAUCCCAGUAGCAGUUCCUUCCCAUGGCACUGUGGUGCUCAACCAGCAGUGAAAUGAAAAGCACCACAAACAGGAGGUUCAGGUCAAUACAGGGAUUUGGUGCUAUUUGCUGUUGUGAACUGUGCCAACACCAUCCCAACCCUGCUGGAUCCCAGCAUGUCAUUUAGACUGGUGGCAAACAGCAUGAGAUUGGUAUAGUCUGUGAUCUGCAUGGGUCAGGAGCAGAUGAGACAGCAGUAAUAAUCCUUUCUCUAAAUCUACCUAUCCAUCAUGGUUUUAUCCCAGCCUUUCUCCAAGGAGUCUGGGGAAGCUUACGUGGUUUUCCCAUCCCUGUUUAAAUCCUCACAACAGUCCUGUGAAGUAGGUUAGAUUGACAGUGUGUGACUGGCUAAUGUGCUUUGUGGCAAUGUGGAGUUUAAAUCCUGGACUCCUAGAUCUUAGUGUGAUACUUUAGCCAGAACACUACACCGAUUCAUCCUUGUAGCAUUCAACACAACAAGUACUAGUAACAGAUCACAGGAUGAUCUCUGUUAUGUUCCAUUAUCACUACAACUACAGCCUUUGCUGCACCUGAUUUCUAAGAAUAAUUCCAUGUUUUAGGCAUGCAUGAUAAACCAUGUGCCGUUUUAAUCUCUUUUUUUAAGUUUACACUGAUCACAGCUGUCUUGGACAGUAAGGUCAAAUCUCACAACAAAGUAUAGCAGAAAAUUGCAAUGUAGACAUUCUCAGACUUUAUCAGCAAACUUCAUGGAUAGGUUUCUGUUUUUGCUCACAAUCUGCUCUGGUUGAUUUCAACUUUUCCCCUGACCUAGAAAUGAAAUGCUUUUCAUUGCCUCCUCGACCCACUUGUGGUGACAAAACGUUAAGCCGCCCAGACUGGCUGGUUGGUACUGAUCAAUGAUUUUAUAAUCCCUCCUCUAGUAAGUUCAGAUCUUUGUCCUGUAAAUAUCAAGGAUCUUGGGUUCCUGUACCAUCACCCUUUUUCUCAUUGUGAGUUGGACUCUUUGUUUUAAGGGCCUUUUCCACUGUAAUAAAUUUCCAAGAUUUGUGAUGUCAAAAAUGUAAGGAAAUAAAAUUCUAACUUUAAUAGUCAAA